CCAUUUUAUUAGAGGGAGGAAAGCUGCAGUUCUGUUCAGCGCUUCUUGUAUUGAAAUGAUCUGAGCGCGUGCCCGCGUGUGUAUGUGUGCGCGCGUGUGUGUGUGUAUGUGUAGCAGCCCAGCCCAAGCAGUACGCCCCGUUCCCCCCUCCUUCCCUUCCCUCGACGCUCUUCCUCAGUUCAGCCCGCAGCAGCUGCCGUCCGGCUCCACGGUUUCUCCUCCAGACAUGGCCGCGAAAGUGUGCAGACUCCUGCUGUCCCGGAGCAGCGUCGCCGUGGCUUCUCCGUUCCCCGCGCUCGGUGUCUCCUCACACGGGCAGCACCAGCACCCAGGAACGGAGACUCUAUCUGGAGUCUUUGUCCAGCAGAGUGUGAGAAGAGGACACAAUCUGAGGUCCUCCGGCAGGGCGACACUCUUCAGCCAGCCCAGGGCCUACCUACCUCCUCAGGGCUGGAAGGGAACUCCUACAUGGCAGGCUCAUAGGCUGCUGUGCUCGUCUGCAGCUUCAGAAGAGGUGACGGUGGUGUAUCAGAACAGCCUGCCGGUGAUCUCGGUGAGGCUGCCGUCUCGAAAGGAACGCUGUCAGUUCACUCUCAAGCCCCUCAGUGACAGCGUGGGAGUCUUUCUCCAGCAGCUGCAAACUGAGGACCGGGGUAUCGACCGAGUCGCUAUCUACUCCACAGAUGGCGCGAGAGUAGCUUCCUCUACAGGGAUCGACAUUUUGCUGCUGGACGACUUUAAGCUAGUCAUUAAUGACACCACGCACCUUGUCCGGCCACCUCGAAGAGAGUUGUUGCCGCACGAGGACACUGAGCGGCUGAACGACGUGAAGCUACUGGUGCAGCAGCUCUACACGACUCUGCGCAUAGAGGAGCAUCAGCUGAACAAAGAGAGAGAGUUGAUUGGCCGGCUGGAGGAUCUCAACUCCCAGCUUCGCCCGCUGGAAAAGGUGAAAGAUGAGCUCAGCAGGAAAGCAGAGCGCCGGACCACCUGGGUGCUGUGGGGAGGCAUGGCUUAUAUGGCUACCCAGUUUGGCGUGCUGGCACGGCUAACCUGGUGGGAGUACUCAUGGGAUAUUAUGGAGCCCGUCACCUAUUUCAUCACCUAUGGCACAGCUAUGGCCAUGUAUGCCUACUUCGUGCUCACACGCCAGGAGUACAUCUACCCUGAUGCUAGAGACAGACAGUAUCUGCUGUUCUUCCACAAGGGAGUGAGGAGGACAAGCUUCGACAUCGAAAAGUACAACAAACUGAAGGACGCAAUUGCUGAGGCCGAGUUGGACCUGAAGCGCCUGAGAGAUCCCCUCCAGCUGCACCUCCCCAUCCAGCAGAUUAGCACCAGCAAGGAUUGAUCCCUGGACAUUGAUGCUGGGGGAUACAAUCAAAUGCAGGAGAGCUAUUUUUGCCCCAACAUCCCUGCCUGGAGCAGAGCUGUCCUCUCUGUCUCCUCUUGUCCCCUCCUGUCCUUUACCGGCUGGGACUCUGGACUGCCGGAGACAUCUCCCCGUGUCUCAGUCGCAAUCCUGUGCAAAUCACAGAGCUGGAACAGGACUUCAACCACACUGCUGCUAAGUGUGUCCGAGGAGAAAGGGGUCAGGUGAUGAGCAUCACUUCCUGUACAGACCUGUUGCAAGCUGCAGACCAGAGAUCUACCGGCUGAACAUCACUGUGUGUUGAAUUAUUCCAAAAAAAUACAAAAAAAAAGAAUGGAGAAAAAAAAAAAAGAUUUUUGGGCACUUUUAAUUUUGAAAGCCAUAUUAUAUUAUUAUUAUAUUUGUUAUAAUGGGUGAGGAAAUGAACUACGCUUUUUCUUUCAUAUUGGUGGAGGAGUUUCUUUCUUUCGUUUUUUAAUUCUUUUCCUUUUCAUGUCAUUACAUCGGAUCAGGCCAUUUUUUUGGUAUAAUGCAGCUCCUGAUAUGAAAUGACAAAAUUACUACGCUAACACACAAAAUAACUCACUUUUUUUUUUUUAUACAUCACAAAUGCAGUCUAUGAAUGGUGACAUUGAAUUAGUCCACAUAUGCGAAUUUUUUUUUUUUUUGCUUUAAAACCUGUGGAGAUUGACAGAGGAACACACCAGUGACAGAUUCAGAAGGUUUCCUCUUCUUUUCUGUGCCAGAAAACUGUUACCCACAGUGCCUCACAGCACCCCUGUGCAGCCACGUCCUGGUCUCUCAGCCUCAGCCCUUCCGAGCCAGACGCAUCCAUCCUUCAAGACUUUUCCCCGGGCUGUUUACUGUAUCAUACGAUUGCGUUACAAAUAAAUGAAAUCAAAUAUUAGAGACGAAAUCAAGGCGUGCACCUGCACAGCUCCUCUGUAUGCCAAGAAUAUCCUGAAGCGCAAAAGAGAUCCGUGUAAUAUAUUAGAUCCUAGACGUAGUUGGUUAUCUCGCGCAGAUUUUUUUUGCGGCAUGCCGUAGCGCGUGACUUUUGCAUUGUUUCAUCUAGAACAUGGCGUCUUUAGGGGGACCCGCUUUAGAACAGAUGCAUUCUGAAGUAGUUACAUCUGUGGAUGGAAUAUUGGACCGCUUAAAUACGCACACUGCUUUUUUUUUUUUAAUUAUUAUAAUUAUUUCUUUCUCCAUAAAAGACAUGCAUGCAUUUCUUCUGGACAAGGUGCUCCGUGUGAAGUUGAGUAGGAAUCACGCCAUAACUCAUAUUUGUGUCUCAGAAGAAUCUGCGUGCAUUUCUGUACUUUCAGAGGGUUCUUACAAUAUCUUCCUUUAUUCAUUUAGAUGUGCUGCAGAUGCUUCAUACCGCCAAAAAAAAAAGCCUUUUUAACUAUUAAGGCAUCAUGAUUGUAUAGAAAAUAUAUAGAGAAUGCAUCCAAAAGAUGUGUUUUUUCUGCAGCACCCCCAUGCAGCAUUUGCUCAGAUUGAUGCCAGUGAUCAAUCUAACAGCCUUGCAAUCUCCAUUGCAGUAAAAUACUACAAAGCCUAAUUCUGCAUGUUGGCUUUUGUGCACUGCGAAUGAGACAUUUCUCCAUGUGUGUAUCCCUCCAGGCAGUCACAGCACACAUACCCAGUGGCUCAGCAUGGCAAAAUGAGCUAUGGGACUGUCUGGAGCUUGAUGUUGAGACACGGCUUACUUAUUUAAUCAGCGAAAUGUCAUACAACGGCAAGUCGGGGGGAAAAAUCCGUCGAUGCGUUUCCGAACGUGUCGCGCGAAAAGCUUUGACGUUGAUAGGAAGGAAAAGCACAAUCAUAUCAAUCCAGGAAAGGCCACAUCUGAAUAAGUGAGCUGAAAUUGUAUUGCGAGCAUUGGAAUAUGGUUUUUAAAGAGACUGCAGUGGUCUACAGUGAUAAAUCUGAAGCUUAUCGCAGGUAGUUCGAUAAUUGCGUCCAUAUUUCACAAGGAACAGGUUUUUCGCCGCUCUCAGCCUUCAUCCCGCAAAGUUUGGAAAUGCUGUCGCGGUAAGACCGCCUCGUCGAUAUACACCUCCGUCAAUACGAUCGCCAGUCGAACUGUUUUUGUACGACCCUGCGAGUGGGUCUGAGUAAUUCGUUCCCAUCCUUAUCGGUCCUGAUCAAUAGGACUUAAUCAAUCGUUUCCUGCGCCCCCUUUGGCCUCUCGUCCUGGUACCGUCGAUAAUCAUAAAUCCUUGUAUGCUGUUGCACGUGCAAAAGGGAAGCGAAGGGCAGACACGGUGUCUAAAAAACACUUCCUGAAUCGCCCUGCAAAGCUGAAACCAAAACCAUUCUCACUGGUCAAUGCCUCAGACUUUAUCACCAUUGAGCAUUUUUACUUUUUUUUUUAAUUAUUGGUUUCAUUGAUUUUUUUUUUUUUUUUAGUGUUUGCCUUGUGUUUGUCUGCUUUGCCUUUCUUUUCUUUAUUUUUUUCCCUUACAAGAGUAUAUGUAAUAUAUGGAACUUAUUCUAAAGCAGGUGUUGCAUGAAUGUAAUGUUUACAUGGGGAAACUAUAUAAAAAUGACCCAAAAAAGCUGCAAAGUUUAAAGAAUACCGGUAUGUCGAGGAAUUUAGUGCAGUUUUUAAUUUCCUACCAUGUGCUUUUGAGACUGCCCAGAAAGAUAGAUAGGCAGCAAACGUCCAGCCAUGCAUCACUUUUUCUUUUUUUUCUUUUUUUUCUUCUCUCUCUUCUCUCAUUCUCUAUACAUUUAUAUCUUUCAUGUACCUCUUCAUAAGCCCACGCAUUUUCCACAGCACAUAAAUUGUCAGAGGAGUGCAUUAUUUUACAUUUUUACCAGAUGCACUGAAGAAAAUUGUCUAUAUAUAUAUAUAUAUAUAUAUAUAUAUAUAUAUAUAUAUAUAUAUAUAUAUAUAUAUAUAUAUAUAUAUAUAUAUAUAUAUAUAUAUAAACUUGUUGCGUUCACAUUAACAUAUUUUCUUCAUUUCAUGAUUGUUUUUAUCAAUGGCAUCAGAUGCUGUGAUAUCGGAAGAAUAUAAAAAUACAAAUGUAAACUCCUGUAUCAUUUAUGAAAUGUGUAUAAAAGAGAAAUGUAAUUCACUUAUCAAUAAAUACUUAUCCAGUUUUGGAA